GUUUUGAGAAAAGGGGGGGGACUGAUUUUCAACUCUUAUCUUGUUGCUACAGUAGCUGGCUUACUGGGAGAUAGAGGAAAAUAACACUGACAACCUUAGCUGACUAUGUCUUCUUCGCUGAACAUCUGAAUCAACGCUCUUUGCAUGUCAAGUGGCAGGUCAAAAUACAUAUUUUUUUAUUUAAAUAGCAACAGAGAGCAGAUAUCGUUCAUUUGAGUGAAUUCCCUUGUUAGCUUCCUAGCUAGCUGCUCAAAGCUUAUUCUGCUGUUAGCAUUAGAUUUACGGCUUAACCAGUCUGCCAGGUCGAAGAUCUUUAUUGAGACAAUUUGUAUUUAUUUAUUCUUUAAUCAAUAUACCAAAAAUUGUAAGAUUUAUGUUGGCUACCCGAAGUAGAUACUAAAUAACCCUUCAACAAAGCCUUUGUUUAACUUGCGCAUUAGAAGGGCUGGCUAGUUAUUGUAUUCAUCGAGAACAAACAAAGAACCUUUUUUUGUUUUGCCAGAUCAGCUGGCUAGAGGUGAGCCAGUAAACACCAUUUUUGGUUGGACAAUCUUGCUUAUAACUAUGGCGCAACACGGCCCAACUCACGUUGCCAGCUCACAAAAAGCACUUAUGCUUGAGAUGAAGAGCCUCCAAGAAGAACCAGUUGAGGGAUUCAAAAUAACAUUGGUGGACGAAGCAGAUCUCUACAACUGGGAAGUUGCCAUUUUCGGACCCCCUAACACGCACUACGAAGGAGGAUAUUUUAAGGCUCGGAUCAAGUUCCCAAUAGACUACCCUUAUUCACCCCCUGCCUUCCGGUUCCUCACUAAGAUGUGGCACCCUAAUAUCUAUGAGAAUGGGGACGUGUGUAUAUCCAUCCUCCACCCUCCAGUGGAUGACCCACAGAGUGGGGAGCUUCCUUCAGAGAGAUGGAACCCCACCCAAAACGUCAGGACCAUCCUGCUGAGUGUAAUCUCCCUGCUGAAUGAACCCAACACCUUCUCUCCUGCCAACGUGGACGCCUCUGUCAUGUACCGCAAGUGGAGGGACAGCAAGGGCAAGGACCGAGAAUAUGCCGAAAUUAUCAGGAAGCAGGUGUUGGCCACGAAAGCGGAGGCGGAGCGUGAUGGGGUAAAGGUCCCGACCACACUGGCCGAAUACUGCGUCCGUACUCGUGCCCCGCCCCCCGACGAGGGCUCUGACCUUUUCUAUGACGAUUACUAUGACGACGAAGAGUUGGAGGAUGAGGAUGCAGACGACUGCUGCUAUGACGAGGACGACUCUGGGAACGAGGAGUCGUGACGUGUCAGAACUUUGCACGCCGACCCUGCUGAAGCAUGUGACUGACCCUCUCCUUACGAGAGCCUCGUCUGACUGGACUACAAAAAAAGUUUUUAAACCACUCACUUUUUUAUCUGCAGAAGGAUCACGUGUGUGUUUUUCAUCAGCCCACGGGUUCUUGUCAGAAUCCAAGCACACUUUAGGUAGGGUAUAAUAUGAUAGACUUGCACCAGCAUACAGUUGGCACCUGUUCCUAUUCCCCUUUCAGUAGUGGUAGCCCUGCUCUUUUUAUCAUUUGUUUUCCCUUCUGUGUUCAACAUUGUAGGUUUUAAUCCCUAGUAAAUAACGGUGCAACGUGCACUGGUGCACAGGCUUGGCAAAUAAGCUCCUUUUAAUUUCCUUCUGUCCUUCAAAUGGGCUUGUUAACCGGGUUUUAUUCACCCAGAGUAGGCACCAAUGACUGAGGACUUUACUGGUUGUUGUGUGAGCUUUAAGCUACACUUGCAUUUCCCAGAAGGAGGUUCUGUCAUGUCUUUCUGUUCUGACAUUUCGGGCAAAUGAGUAGACGCAUGACAAGACAAAACAUCUGUGCAUGUCAGACAUCUUUUAAAGGUCUUUCUUGUACAGACAGCGUCUUUAUCAUGCUCAUCCUGGCUCAAGUGAAUGAAAUGUGAUUGUGAUUAUGGCAAUACCAGUGACAUGUGAGUCUGGAGGACACUUGGUUGAAGUUAAACAGUGGGUCAUGUCCUAGGCAACUGCAACAUGUUGACAACUGUUUGUUGGGCUGCUCUGGCCAUUACUGUUUGAUGUGUUUGAUUUCUGUCACUUAAGGAGAGAGCAGGUGUGUGUGCGUGAUUCCAGAACAUUCAACAUAAGGUUACCCAAGACAGACGCUCAUCAGAGAUUGCUCCACAACAUGAUGGAAACCAAGAUCUGAAUCAGUCUUAAUGGGAUAGUUCAUCCUAUUUUUAUAAUUUGUUAUAAUGCCUCCUACCAUUAAAGUAUAUAUACACAGUAGACUACUUCCAACAUGAGGAAUUAUCAAAUGAAGUAUAAAUAGGAUAAACUACACAGCGGAAACAAGUCCACAACAAUAUCCAACAAUGGUGAAACUGUUUGCUGUAUUAGUUGUCUUCACACUUAGCUAUCUUGCAAGCUUUGCUGUUUCGCUAUCUUACUUUUUAUUUCAAGCUUUGCCUGUAAUCUGUGUUGGAGAAUGAUAUCAAUCUUCUCUGUGAGGGGGUCGGUGGGUUUGGAUUAGGUAGUGGGGUUUUGUAGUAAGCUUGUGUAUCUGUGUUGUACCAUGUUGUGGCAGUGUCACUCAGAAAGCCCCUGGAUGCUAAAAAGAAAAAUGCCACUCUCAUUUUCAUUGAUUGUAUUUAUUUUUGUGUGUUGGUGGAGGGUGGUAUCACCUAUCUCCAGGUAGGCGGGCAUCAAUGCGUGUGAGUGUAUGUGUGCACGCAUGUGUGUAUUUUGUAUCAGCAAUAUUGGAUGUUUCAUUUAUUACGAUUUGACUUAAUAUAACUGUAAUUCUCAGGAUACAAAAUCAUAGAUAAUUACACAGCAAGUAACUACGUUUCUUUCAAGGUUGUAUAGUAAGUUGUCAACUGUUUUAACAUGCACCUUCACUGAUAUGCACAUGUGGCCGGAUGGACGAUCACUGUAUUCAAUAAUUUAGCUGUAUGCAUUUUAUGUUUUUUUGUUGUUUUUUUGCCUAUAUACAUUUUAAAAUAAAGAACAUUAUAGGACA